UUGGCACUCCAAUCUGGUUAGCACAGUAUGUCUAAGGGGACAUGCAGCAUGGUUUAAAAAAUUAUUUUUUACUGAGAUGUAAGUAAUGGUUGGUUUUGCUUCAAGAAGUGUCAUUUGUUGUGCCUUGGGAAUAUUGUUCAUGAUUAUUCAGCCAUGUUUCUAACUAUUGGUUUUCUUAUUUAUAUAUAAUUUCAGAAACCUUAGGUAACAUUUGGAAAGACAAGUUUCUAUAAAUGAAAACACCUAUUUCAUGUCCAGCAUACUUGGAAAACACGUCUGACGCAAAACAAGCCGAAAACAACGUAAUUAGUAAACAUGCAUUAUGACAUGCUUGCACUGAGAGCAAGCUUUAAAGGAGCACUGACACAAAAAUUUGAAGUCGAGAUAACUUGCGAGAUCGAUUUAGUUGGUCACACGCACAUCGUCUAUAAAAUAUCAGCGGCGAAUAUCGCUUAGAACAUAUUUAAAAUCAAUUUUAAAGUACGUGCGCGCAGCCAGCCGCAAAACAGAGCACCUCGCGACAUUGACAUCAACCGGGAUUGUAAAUAGCCAAGAAAACGCUACGUCAUGUGGCUACGUCACGAAUUUUCGUUGGCUGCCAUGCGGCUUACAUGUGCUCUUCUCUGUUGUUGCUUGUUCUAGCUGUUGUACUUGUAGUGGGACGCUCUCCGUAUCGCUGCAACUGCAGUUUUUGUCGUGUCCAUGGGGAUAUUUCCCACACUAUCAGCUUGACUGUGCUGCCACAACGUUCAACGCCGAUUUGUUGUGUCUUACCAUUGAUUGUGGCUGAUGCGAGGGUUUUGUUGAGGUUCGUCCUCGCCAUCGCCGGCCGCAAUAUCUGAGUCGCUAAGUGAUUGGCCACGUCUAAAGCGCGAGACACAUGGCGCGAUUUUCCGUGCGAUCUGUAGUACGGCGCGUCGUGUGCGACUUGCCGCGUGCGGCGAUUCGGGACACAUGGUACGAAUGAGCGAGCGACGGCCCAGAACCGGCGCCCCUGCGUGGAAGUUCGGAAUGCUGCGUAACUUCGAACAAAAAGUGAAAGCAACCGUAUUUGCUCAGCUAUCUUGUUUGAAACAAACGAUGACAAUAUAAACACGUCUAUGCGAGCACUGUAGACGUGUUUCCGCAAGGCCGUGUUAGCAGUAUCGGAUCCGUUGACAGCCGCCGAUAGCCAGCAGCCGUCAGGCAUAGCUCGCUGGGCCAUCGAAUCCUCGUAUCGAAUCCGACACCGGUUGCACUUGUGACACUAUCGCUUGCAGCUCGUAUAACGAAGCGCCUAUGUUAGUCGGCACAACGUGUACACAGUAAUGUCACGCUUAAAUUGCAGCACAUUUGAUUUCAUUGGCGCCGACAGAAGCGAACGAGCAUGCCAAGCGAGCUUGCGAUCGCUGGGAGAGGAUGUAGGCCUAGCUCGCCGGCCGUCUAUCCGGGGCCGAGGGUCCUUGCGAUGUGUCCGCAGCUCGUAAUAAAGCGCCUAAAUUCGCCAGCACAAUCAAUGCCUGAACAUUUAUGUUUCUCUUAAGUGAAAAUACGGUUAGUUUUCCCGGUGCCGUUAGUAGCGAUGAGUAAACAGGCCAGUCAGGCGAGCCGCUUCGUGUACAGACGAUUGCUGGCGCGUCUGCGCUUGCCGUGUCCGAGUAGAAAUCACGCCAACGAUUUACUAUUUCGCACAACGUUUUAUAACUCGCACUCUUUCGAGGUCACUUUAUUCUAGAAGUUAUUUCGUGUCAGAAACAAAUUGUAGCCCAUUUAUAUGCCGCCGUCAGCGGCGAAAGAGGCCAGCGUUUCGACCAGGGAGAGAAAAAAAACCAGUCGGAGCGGCGAGGUGCCCGCUCGCCGGCCCCACCCCGCCGGCUCUACCACGUGGCCAUGACGUUCACGCUACCGGCGCUGUCAUUGGCUGCGGUCGCCCGACCGAUGCGGCAGUCGCACGACAAUAUUCAGCAAGUUGGUCACGCACGCUGGCUGCGCGUCAGAGCAUACGUCAUGGCUUUUUGCGAACAGGAGAACGAGGAACCACAGGUUGAAGAUGGAAUUAUUGUGCAACUUAGAAAAGCACUAGAGAAGAAGGACCAAGAAAAUAAAAGACUUAAAAAAGAACUUCGGGAGGCAGCAUCGUUAAAUCAACGGCUGACAAGUGCUCUGCUGGACAAAAUUGAGGUAGCCCGAGCCACAGCAGAAAGGCUGGAUGGUGAAGUCAUCGCAGAGUAUUUGAUGCCCUGCUCUUUAGAUGCAGGCACUGGGCUACCCAAGGAAAUGGUGCCAGAGAGGGCAAAUGAUGCAGGCAUUGAUGCCUUUGACGUGCCCAACAUUGAUGCCUUUGACAUGCCCUGUAGUGAGCAGGAUCUUGCUGCAUCUUCUGGCAUUGAUGCCCCUGUGGAAGGUGGCCCCAUCGCGGGACAUUGUUCUGCAUCCAGUGAGAAACAACAGCCUGCACUUGCAGCACCCCCAGCCUUCACAAGCUCAAGCCAGGCACAGGAAACACCCCCACACUUCACAAGCGCAAGCCAGGCACCAACAGGCUUGUUUGAAGAAGUCAAUGGCCAGGUAAAAGUUGGUGAAAAGACCUUCAUGCCAUUAGACAAAUGGCUGUUUGUGAUGAAAAACGUAUCCGAUGCCAAGUGCGGUUUGGAGCUGGCCAAACACUUUUGGCUACCUUCCGAGGCUGCCACACGCAGCCUUACAGGCCAGGCGUGCCGCAGCAUGGCCACGAACUCAAUAAAGCUGCCGGCCACACCAGAGAAGGUGGAGAUGGUAAAGAACUGCCUGGCAAAAUAUAUUGACCUCCACCCCGCACCACAGCCACCUAGGGAGCAUCGCGUCAAUGCUGUAAGGAAGUACUUGCGUACUUUCUUUACCGAAGCAGCACGGCAGGGCAAGAGAGUGCGCAAAGCUCCAAAGCAUGUUGAUAUGCAAUAAAAAUGGAUUAUAUAUAA